GCUCCCCCCCCUAACUCAUUCUUGCCCUUUCACGUACGGUAAUCUCUUACAGUGGAGCACUGCACACCCUGAAUUCAUACUGCUUGUGCGAACUCCCUUCCGCCUCUAACCAUCGUGGGUAGAGGACUCGAGAACCUGUUGCGUCACGGGAUAUUUGUUCGUUCUUUUCCGCGUUGCCUAGUCUGCGCGCUAUUUAGGACUGAGAGUCGGUAUGGGUGGUUGACGAAGGCGGUCGAAAACCACCUUUGGCUUUUCGUGAAGUGCUUUUUAAACCGUAAGCUGGAUAAAUGACGACGUCGACAGUAUAUGGUGAAGCGGAAUACACGCGAUACCUAGACACGGAGCAAGCAGUCAUGGACCACGACAUGUGCGACGACGACGAGAGCGACGAAUACGACGCGUGCGACUACUCGGACGACAGCAGCGACGCGGACAGCCAAGACGGCUUGCAGGCGGAGUGGGACUGGGACUCGACGCCUCUACGGGACAGAACGGCCGACGCGCGACAAGUCCAAGGAGCAGACGACUCGGAUGAGGACAACGACAUGCUGGACGGCGCGGCGGACGUGAGCGCGCAGCAGGCGGCGCGGGGGCGGGACAUCCAGGGCAUCCCGUGGGAGCGGCUGCACUUCACGCGCGCCAAGUACCGCGCGAUGCGCCUGCAGCAGUACAAGAACUACAAGAACCUGGAUGUAUCAUUAGAUGUGGUGGAAAAGGAGGUGAAGGAGGUGAGCACGGACGCUGAGUUCUUCAACUUCGCCUACAACACACGGGCUGUCAAAUCAACCAUCGUGCACUUCCAGCUGCGCAAUCUGGUGUGGGCGACGUCGAAGCACGACGUGUACACGAUGCACGGCCACACCAUCAGCCACUACUCAGCGCUCUCCCGCCGCUCCCUUGACUUCCUUGACCUGGGCGGACCUGUCGUGCCCAUCUCGCAUCUACAACGCGCCCCAUGGCUGUACCACCAGCGCGCCACCACAGCCACACUGCGCACAGGGGGGCCCAGGAUUUACGGGGGCGGAGGGGCGGGGGGGACUGGCGAAGGGGUAAGCUCUGGCGCAGGGGGGGCAGCAGGACCGGGGAGAGGGGACGCGGGGGGCGGAGGGGCAGGAGGGGCGGAGGACGGGACGUGGGAGGCGGUGGGGCGGGUGCAGGUGAGCACGAUGUGCGUGCGCAACGGGCUGAUGGCGGCGGGGGGGUUCAACGGUGAGAUGGUGUGCAAGCGCCUGGACAGCGGCGCGGAGGGCGGCGUGGCGUAUGCUGGGCGGAUCACGCGGGAUGAGAGUGCCAUCACCAACGCCGUGGAGAUCUUUGAGUCCGCCAGCGGCGCGGUGCGCGUGCUGACGUCCAACAACGACUGCCUCGUGAGGGAGUUUGACGCCGACUCGUUUGCCAUCCUCUCCCGCCACCACCUGCCAUGGCCCAUCAAUCACACUUCGGUGUCGCCCAACGGCAAGCUAGUUGUGGUGGUGGGCGAUGACCCCGAUGCCUUUCUCAUGGACGCAACUUCCGGCAGGGUGGUGGCCCCUCUAGCGGGCCACGUGGACUACUCCUUUGCAUCCGCCUGGCACCCCAAUGGGCUCACCUUCGCCACGGGCAACCAGGACACCACGUGCCGCGUCUGGGACCUGCGCUGCCUCUCGCACUCCCUCGCCACGCUUAAGGGCCGCAUGGGCGCGAUCCGGUCCGUCCGUUUCUCAUCCGACGGCCGGUUCCUGGCCAUGGCCGAACCAGCUGAUUUCGUGCAUGUGUUUGAUGUGAGGGGGGGGUAUGCGCGGUGCCAGGAGAUCGACCUGUUUGGGGAGAUUGCAGGGGUGUCGUUCUCACCGGAUUCAGAGGCGCUGUUUGUGGGCGUGGCGGAUCGGACAUACAGUAGCCUGCUAGAGUUUAAUCGGGCGAGGCGCUGUGACUAUGUCGAUGCCGGCGUGUGAAUGGGCGCCGGGCUUGAGUUGGGAUGAGGUGCCUUCAUCCAAAAAGGGUGUGGCAACUUGGCAACUGCACGGGUUGGAGUGGAUGAUGUGCGGUGCUGCUUGGUUUUGUACAGUGGUGGUGGGUUGCAUUGCUUUGCAUGUCUCGAGGUUUAGUUUGAGCUAGCAUGCUUAGUCAAAGUAUUAGAUAACAGGCAUGGUCUCUAGGGUUUGACUUUGACUGACGCUCCUUGUGAAAGAUGCUGACAUACUGCUCGGGGCUUAGUUGGGUUGGCACUGCUCGUGCCAUCAUGCUUAUUUGUACGGCUUGCUUGUUGAGUGACAGAUUCAGCCAACUGACU